UCCUAAAAAAAAAGCGUAAUCACCAACAGAAACAGAAAAUAACCAAGCACGGCGGAUUCUUUUAGAGGAAAACAGAUUUGGGUCUGAUGGAAGGGCGGGAUCAAGCUUCCAUCAUUUCCUUCACCAUUUCCCCUAAAAGAAAUCCUUUGUUUCAGAAAUGUACCUAAAGCAAAAACCCAGAAAUAUGAUCUCUUCUUCAAUAAGCUCUGAUAGUUCAGCGAUCUUCCUCUUCUUACUGCCGCUUCCAGUAAUACCCCAAUCUCAGACAAAAGAACCUUUUCUUCUCCCAAAUCAUCACUCUCGAACCAGCCAUUCAACACCAGCGACGGAGGCGGAGCUCUCGACAACCAACCUCCCCAAAGAAAACCAGCCGUCCCCUCUUCGAAAUCUCCCUCUAGUGCUCUCAAGAACCAGACAGAGACUCCCAAUACCAGACCCGAAAAUCAACCAAAAAAAAUAAAAAAGAGUACCCCCCAUUUAAACACCGGUUCCUUCCUAUUUAUACCCAAUCAAACAAAACCCUAAACUCCCCUCUUUUCUCCUCAUCCAAACCCUUCAAUUUUUAUUCUUUUUCCUUUCUACCGUUGAUCGGAUGAGGCCAAAAUUGACCCCACAGAACAGCCAAGAAAGCUGGUGCGCUGUUCUUCUGCAGGACAAGGCGCAGAGCAGAUUGCAGAACAGGGGCGCAGCAGCAUGCAGGCUCGGUGCAGGUUGAGUUCCAUCUGCUUUUGAUGGUGACCAACUUAUCUUUGGGGUAAUAAUUCUACAAGAUUGGAUUGAAGAAGAGGUGAGCAAUCAAUGGAAAGCUCUCAA